CGUAGCGAUGAAAACAAUCACCAAACCAAAAAUCUUAACAAGAGAAAUAUAAGAAAUAUGGCGAAAAAUACUUCCGUCAACUGGCAGUUUAUUGGUAACGAAGCAGCCAAAAAGGCUUCAACUUUUACCCUAGGCAGUUACACCUCUAGAAUCAUGGCUCUUUGUGACCCUAAAAUAAAACCCAUUUUGCCCCCUCUAAGUGAAGCCCCCGAGACUAGCCAUACCGCUGAGAAGGCAGUCGUUAAAGCUGUCCUUGACGGUAGUGGAAACGCCUAUGCUCCAAGUAUUGGCCUUCCCGCAGCUAAAAGUGCUGUGGCAGAGUUUCUAAGUCGAGAUCUUCCGAACAAACUGACUGCAGAUGACGUGUUUAUGACCGUUGGAUGCAAACAAGCCAUCGAGCUUGCAAUUGAAAUCUUGGCUGCACCGAAAGCCAACAUCUUGCUUCCGAAGCCGGGCUUUCCAUGGGACAUGGUCCACGCAGUCUACAAUAACUUUGAGGUUCGUGAAUAUACUUUCCUCCGCGAAAAGAACUAUGAGAUCGACUUUGACAGCGUCCGUUCGCUUGUGGACGAGAACACCUGUGCGAUACUUAUUAUCAACCCACACAAUCCUAAUGGGAACACGUACUCUGAAGCUCAUCUUAAGCAGCUGGCUGAGUUGGCCCGAGAACUACGGAUACUGGUGGUUGCUGACGAAGUUUUCAGAUGGACUGUGUUUGGGAGUAAUCCCCAUGUUCCCAUGGCGAAAUUCUCGUCGAUCGUACCUGUGAUCAGUCUCGGUUCUCUAUCGAAGGGAUGGAGUGAACCCGGAUGGCGAACCGGCUGGCUCGCGCUGCACGAUCUAGAUGGUGCCUUCAAAUCCAACAAGAUCACAAGUGCUCUUAAGAAUUUUCUGGCGAUAGAUAAUAAACCAGCAACUGUUAUCCAGGCUGCUGUUCCCACCAUCUUGGAGAAAACUCCUAAAGAGUUCUUCGAGAGGAGGCAGGCUUUUCUGAAAGAGAAAUCGGACUUUGCAUUUGAGAAGCUCAAAGACAUACCAGCCCUAACCUGCUACCACCAAACUGAAGCCUGCACCUUCUUAUGGACCGAGCUGAACUUCUCAAUGUUUGCGGACAUUAAUACUGAUGAAGAAUUCUGUGAAACGCUUGCUAAAGAAGAAUGCAUUGUCCUCUUACCAGGGAUUGCUUUUGGUUUGAAGAACUGGGCGAGGCAUUCUAUCGACAUGGAUAUUUUUGCUUUGGAGGAUGCAUUUGCAAGACUGAAGAGCUUCUGUGAACGCCACGCCACUAAAAUUAAAGCUUCAGUCAAAGACGUCAAUGGUGUCAAGUAAAAGGCCAAUAUGGAUCUUUGCCUAAGUCUGUUACAUAUGCUAUAAAAAUAAACGUGUGUUUUAUUGAUCUGAGAUAUGUCAUGAACACAUUCGUAUCGUACUAGUAUUAAAUAAAAUUGGUGUACUUAUCACCAACCAUGUAAUGUUUUCUCGUAGUUUGCAAUAUUUCUACAAAUAAAAUUGGUGUACUUAUCACCAACCAUGUAAUGUUUUCUCAUAGUUUGCAAUAUUUCAACAUUCCUACUAAUAAAUGGGGUGUACUUAUCACCAUGUAAUGUA